AUGGCGACCAAUUUUCCUCCGCUAUCUCAUCGAGAACGCAAUACAAAUAUAACGGGUUUAAGCGCUUAUUUUCCUAAUACAGCUACCCAUGCUGAUCCAGCUCGUUUUAUAUGUAUUUAUCCAGCCUAUAUUAAUGCUAAAAAAACACGUGUUCAAGGUAGACGUAUAUCAAAAUCAAAAGCUGUUGAUAAUCCAACAUUAAAUGAAAUUCGUGAUAUUCUAGAAAAUGUUGGUAUGAAAGUAUUUGUUGAAGCAAAUCGUUUAUAUCCACGUGAAGAAAAUCGUGAACCACAAUCACGUGGUCGAAUACGUGUUCAAUUGAAGAAUAUUGAAGGUGAAAUUUUAAAACCACAAUUUAAAACGCGAGAUGAUGUACUAUAUUAUGUUGCUGAAAUGAUACCAAAAUUAAAAACACGUACAUCACAAUCAUCGGCAAGUGGUGGUGGAUCAUCCGGAUCAAAUCAACAACAACAACAAAAAAGUAGUCAAGAACAACCAAGAGGAAAAAAACGUUAA